GAUUUUCAGUGAUUCACGUUCCGAAAAGCUUGUGCCAGAAUUUGUAUAAAAUGCAAUCCACCAAGCAGACGGAAUUUAAACCACUUUCAGUAUCUUUCUAUCCGAGCGAGCAUCAUGAUCCGUUUUUUCCCGAUUUUGAGCCUGGUGUGUGUAAUCUGUUUAAAUUCGAAUUCGCAGUCGGAAGCAUUUCCUCAAAAUGGAAUGCUCUCACUUCGCAUGGUGUACAAUCAACUUAGGCAACAGCGAUGCGGAGACCUUUCGAAUCUUAUUCCCGCCCAAAGAAUCUUUCGAAGGAUCACCGGCGGCAGGACGUCAUCCCUGAUGUCGCAGCCCUGGAUGGCAUACCUCUAUUUGCCAGACGAUAACGAGACGUGUCGCUGCGGAGGUUCCCUUAUCUCGGAGCGCUUUGUUGUGACCGCUGCUCACUGCAACAUAAUGUGUGGCCGAAAAGAUGACUUGAGAGUUCGCCUGGGCGAGCAGGACCUGACCUCCGAACUCGACUGCACCACUUCCGGCUACCAGAAGGUGUGUGCUCCACCCGUCGAGGAGUUUUCCAUUGAAGAGUGGAUUAUCCACGAGAACUUCGACCGCAAUUCCGGUUGGAAUGACAUCGCUUUGAUCAGACUGAACCGGAGAGCUGUCUUGAAGGACCACAUUCGACCGAUCUGCCUGCCUCUUUCCGACGAUCUCAUGGCGCGGACCUCGGUCAUCGGGCUACCCUACUGGGCGGUGGGCUGGGGAACGGACGAGGAGGAGGCCUUCGCCGUUACCACCAUGGAGGUCUCCAUACACACGAAGGAGUGCCUCCACGGCCGGGACGAAACCUUCCUCUGCGCCGAUGGAACCCACGUGGACACCUGCUUUGGCGAUUCCGGCGGCCCGCUCACCUGGUCGCUCCUUUACUUUGGCUCCGUACGAGCUGUCCUCUUCGGAGUGGUCAGCGUUGGGAGCCAGGAGUGCGGAGAAGGCGGCGGUUCCUACUACAUGAAUGUGCCCACCUUCAUGCCUUGGAUACUGGUGAAGCUGUCGGGUUACUCCGACUUGUAGGGAAGGACUGGAAUAAACCAAUACUGCCACAUUUUAAUAUGUAUAUUAUAGAUGUAUGUUUGUGUAUGUAAAGUAAUGACUGUAGCAUAAGUGUGCAGUCCUUAAUCAUGUCGAUAUGAGCCUUCUUUCAACAGACUUCAGCGAUAGCUUAAAUUGAAGCGAGUCUUGGAUCAGCGAAAAAGUGGAGAACGUGCAAAAAAUCGACCGAAAAGUAGUCAAGUCGCGCCAAUCAGUUGCUAAAUUGUUGUCUCAACUCUUUUAAUCAAUAUAAUCAACUCUUUUGUAAACAUUUAUCCACAUAUCUAUCUAAAUAAACUAUUGAUAAUAAUCCCAUAAUUGUUCAUAUAUUUCGCCACCAUCUGAAUUUCCAAUUUAUGUGAAACACCACAAAAAAUCCAUUUCAAUUUA